GAAGAGAAGAAGAAUGAGUGACUAGCAAUCAGAUUCUGCAAUGAUGAAUCCAUGGAAUAUCAGAGACCCGUACGAUAUGAUAGACUUUGAUGCCGACGAUGAAGCACCGCAGUUUCAGUUUGAGUUUCCGCCUCUGCCUGAGCCCGUCUGGAAUGCGGACGAAAACAAUGUAGGUGAGCCGUGUGCCAUGGACGUGAGUGGUAAUCAACCACCACAGCCGGUUAUUGAUUCAUGUUUCCCGGAAGCUAUGAAGAGGACAGAGCACUAUUGGGGAAGCCCAUUAUCACUUCAGUCUCAGCCUCAGCCAUGUGCCAUGGACGUGAGUGGUAAUGAACCACCUCAGCCAGUUAUUGAUGAUUGUUUCCCGGAAGUUAUAAAGAGGACAGAGCACUAUUGGGGAAGCCCAUUAUCUGGUUCUCAAUCACUUCAGUCUCCGUCUCAGUCUCAGUCACGUGCCAUUGACGUGUGUGGUAAUCAACCACUUCAGUCUCAAUCUCAGACGGAUAUAGUAAGGACGCUGACGGAUGAGUUUUUCGCUGACACCUGUGGUUAUCCACCACCUCAGCCUCAGCCUCAGACUCAGUGGGAUACCAGUAGGAACAUGUUAAAGCUGAUUCCCGAUGUCGGUGGUCAUCAACCACUUCAACCUCAAGCUCCGGUCUGGACUUGGGAGGAGAAUAAAGCAUUUGAGUCAAUUAUUACCAGUUGUUUUCAGGAUGAUAUCCAGAACCGCUGGGAGGACGUGGCUGCUCGUCUCCCCGGCAGGACCCCGACACAGCUGCAAGAACGCUUUCAGAAGCUGAUGAACGACAUCAAUACAAUGACCAUCAUGAUGGAACACAACCCUCUCUCCAUCCCUAUCAAUGCAACAACACCACCACCACCAUCACACCCUUAUUCCACUCAUCAUCAUCACAGGGAGGAGGUCGUGCCAGCUGCAGAGGAGGAGGUAGUGCCAACUGCACAAGAGGAGGCAGCACCAACAAAGACAGGAUAUCAUUGGACCGAAGAUGAACAUAGGUAUUCGUUUCGCGUCCAAGUGGUGAAAAAUAUUCAAGUGUACUAUGUGCAGUAUCAGGAAUUCAAUCAUGGGUUUGGAAUCUGAGUGGUGACAAAUCCACAUAUCAUGCAUUGUACCCAAGGGCUUGGACAAUAUAUGAAGAACCUGACCCAGCACUGAGAAUAGUUUGUCCUCAGAUCUCACCUAUUAUACCCCAUAAUUACAAGGAGAGUAGCUUUCCUGCACCAGUUUUUACUUUCGUGGUAGGCAAGAGUCACUUCAAUUUCUUUUUUAGUUAGAAUUUGAUACAUAUGUUGCUCUUAAUAUGCAAUGAAUGUUAUUUAUGCAGUUAAAUAAUUUUGGAAAAACAACAGCAGAUGUCACCUUGCUUUUCACAUGGAUUGUAAGUGAAACUUUUUUGUUGACUAUUUACUAUUACACUGUUGGUGUUUUAAUGUUUUAUCCUAUUCUUGGUCCUUGGGGUGCUUAAUGCAAACAAUUGAUGUAUGCAUUUGGAUUUCUGUUGGAGGACUUUCUGAGUUUACUGGUGAUCAUUUUAAUUCAAAGAUGUAAGAAAAUUGUGACUUGGUCACCUUCUUUGUGAAAAUCUCCCACUUGAUUGCUUUUUAUUCUAACAUUCAAGACACAUAUUUUGUCAUGCUAGGGUGAAUGACAAAGUUAUAAUUUUUCACAAUAUUUCAUAGAAACUUGAAAAAUAUUUAUUCAUUGUUUUGUUAUAUCAAGUUAUUGGUUCCAUCAUGUUUUCUUCUCCUGGAUAAAGCUAAUUAUUCUGUUCUAGCUUCUGAGCAUUAUAUAAGACAAGCACUUGGAUUUUCCUUUAUUUGGAUAUCAUAAAUAAUUUCUUGUCAAUUAUGACAAUUACAAUGUUGAAGACUUCAAGUCCUUACAAGCAUCACUGUUUCAUAAUAUUGGAAGCCUAAACAAUUACCCCUUUUGAACUCUUAAAAGGAUUGGUUUUUACAUUUUCUUACAUUAGGCCAUUUUUUAUCUUCAUUUUAGUAUGUUUAGGAUUCUAAUAUUUUUCAAAAAUAGGGGUUGUUACUUUGUAAGUUAUA